AUGGAAAUAGCAUCGACUAUCAUCAUCAACAUCAGUAUCCAGUCCAGAAGCCAAAAUAUAUCAGAUGAUAAAACAUCACCAGUGUCUUCCAUACUAGUCAUGGAUGCAGAGAUGCGCAACCGCACUGUGCUUGCUUCCUGUUUGAUGUUCUCAGCUGGCGUAGUAGGCAACGUGCUAGCCCUAGUUUUAAUGGCCACGUCGCCUCAGGAACAAAGGAAGACAAUGUUUUACAAGUUGAUGGCCGGUUUAGCCUUCACAGAUCUUGUGGGCACCUGCGCAACUUCCCCUGUUGUUAUCACAAUCUACGUUACCAGCAAAAAACUGGACACAGAUAUGCCACUGUGCAAUUAUUUUUCUUUUAUGAUGAUAUUCGCUGGAUUUGCCACGAUGUCCUUAGUCUGCGCAAUGGCUAUAGAGAGAUACAUUUGCUUGUGUCAUCCUUACGCAUAUCAUUGCAGACUGUCGAAAUCCUACGCUAAAUACGCAUUUAUAGUCAGCUGGUUGCUGUCUGUUUUAAUAGCAACACUGCCCCUUAUGGGCCUUGGUCACAACACAGUUCAGUUUCCCAGGACCUGGUGCUUCUUUAACUCAACGAGCAGACAACCAAAGGAUAUUGCUUUCAAUGUAAUCUACGCCAGUAUAUCGUUCAUAGCAAUACUUGGUACUCUGUGCUGUAAUGUGGCUGCGAUAUGGACGGUGCUAGCACUGAAGCGUCGGCAGAAAGCUCUCAGUGCAGCUCGAGGUCCGGGGAUAAAAGGCUACAGGAACCUGGCUCAGAGGUACGCUGAGCUGCACAUGGUGGUCAUGCUUCUAGGAGUCACUGUUGUUUUUACCUUCUGCUUCGGUCCUCUCAUGGUAAAACUCAGAUGGAAGAUCAUUUCCGUCUUCAAAUUCCUGCUGGGCAUCCAGCGCCAACCAUCUUCAGCAAGCCCAGUACACGACGGAGAUAGUCCAAUCUUCCCUCGAAGGCAACACAAGUCGGAUCAGGAAAUGUCUUGUUUAAGGUUUUGCUUUCACUGCAUGUGUGACCCUCCAGUUCAGAGAUCGUCGGUGUCAUUGGCUGCAGCUAGUACUUCCCGUGCAGGGCAGUCCAACCGCUCGCCGUCUUAUAUGAGACGUGUUGUAUCAGCAGAUUCAGUAUUACGUGUUCCUUCUAGAACUUGCAUCAUAACUCAGCCAUCACCAUCUGAGGAACUGCUUCUACAUUCCUUACCGCCUUUCAAGACGGAGGUUGUAUGUUUUGGCAUUAACGACUGUCAAGUUUCUCUGAAUGGAAUCUGA